ACAGAUGUGGACGCUCACACUGAAUCCUGUAAACCUGAACGCACAGACGAGCCACAAGAUGCGCACUGGGCGCUACAGGCUGGGAGGAGCUUCGGGAUUUUUCCCACUUGUUUCACGCCACUCUCGGGUGAAGGCUCUUUUGCAGAAGGAGAUACAGGGAAAAGGUGUCGGCACACUUUUGAGCAUCUGCUAAAAUGAGUCCACCAGACACAUCCAACAGCACAGGAGAAGGGGAGGCUGGUGACACCGAUCCCUUGGUUCUGCUCAACGAAAGCACGGGUUUACACCCGCCAGGUUUUCACACCGACAUCACCAAGCACCUCGGAGUCCAGAUCACCCUGAUCACAGCUUAUUCCCUGAUCAUCCUGCUGGGCCUGCUGGGGAACGCUCUGGUUAUCUACAUGAUCAUUCGCUACAGAAACAUGCGAACGGUGACCAACUUCUUCAUAGCUAACCUGGCCCUGGCAGACCUUCUUGUGAACACCCUCUGCUUGCCUUUCACUCUGGUUUACACUCUGCUGGAUGAGUGGAAGUUUGGGGCCCUGUUGUGCCACAUGGUGCCCUUUGCCCAGGCCCUGAGUGUGCACGUGUCCAUCCUGACUCUGACUGUUAUUGCUCUGGAGCGCUACCGCUGCAUCGUCUUCCACCUCGGUCGACGCCUCACGUGGCACUCCAGCUUCCUCAUCAUGGCAUUCACCUGGACUGUGUCUGCUGUCCUGGCAGCUCCUCUGGCAAUCUUCAGAGAGUACCGCAAUGAGGAGAUCCCCUCCAUCAACCUGCGCAUCGCCGUCUGCUCUGAGAAGUGGCCCCAUGGAACCAGCAGGGAUGGAGUCAUCUACAGCCUCUCAAUGCUGCUGCUACAGUACAUUAUUCCUUUAGCCAUCAUCAGCUACGCUUACAUAUGCAUCUGGGUCAAACUGAAGAAUCACGUCAGCCCAUCCACCCGCAAUGACAGCAUUAAUCGCCGCAAAAACACCACAAAGAUGUUGGCACUGGUGGUGGUGGUGUUUGCAAUCUGCUGGCUGCCAUUCCACGUGUUCCAGUUGGCCAGCGAUCUGGACCUGGUGCUCAGGUUCAAGGAGUACAAACUGAUAUACACUGUGUUCCAUAUCGUUGCUAUGUGUUCAACUUUUGCCAACCCUCUCCUGUAUGGGUGGAUGAAUAAGAACUACAGAAAUGGCUUCCUCAUGGUUUUCCGCUGCGAGGAUAAACCAGAAUCUUUCCACCCAGAGGGCUCGUUCAGGACUCGCUCUCUAAGAGGGCUGACUCUUAAUGGUCGUAAUGGUGGACAGCCUCCCACUGCUGUAUGAAGCGUAGACAAUUUAAAACGCCUGUAGAAUAUGAACACAUAACGCGCACCUCUGCUUUGUGGUGCUUGUGAUUCAGAAGUUGACUUUAACGGUCUGAUCUUGAGUAUCUAUGUCACUGGAGAGGGCCAAAAGCUUUGCAUGCAAAUCGCUUAAUGUAAAGCUCUUACUUUCCUUUGUGAACGGUACUAGUGACGUACAUUUGCCAAACCUAAUUCCAAAAUGUGUUUCUGAUGUUCAUAUAGGUGUUAUUUAACUUGCUUCAGUGUACAGUGUGUUUUCCUGUAAAUGUAGAAACUGUUGUUGGUAUGUAAUGUCUAAUUUAUUAUACUCACUGAAGGGAAGAUUAUGAUUAUUGUGACUGUGA